UCACCCGAUUAAUCCCAAGGAAACCGAAUUAUAAACGCGCCCUAAUUACCUAUUCGCUGACGUCCUCAGCAGCAGCGGCGCCAGAGUGCGGCAGCCUGCGGGUGGGCUUAGCUAGCAAUCCCAGAUUGUGCUCCGCUCGCGGGCGAUUAGGUAAAUCCGCCGGAGCAAGAGCGAAAUUAUCCUGCGAUUCUUUCGUCCUCUCCCUGCCCCCCCCCCCCCCCUCUCUCGAUUUGCCCGAGAAAAAUUUUCGUUGUUUCUCGCAUCACUCUCCACUAAGCCGGAGCCGCCCGCCCCUCUCCGCGCUGGUGCUCGUCGCUUCCUGCCCAAGCCGGCGUCAUUCGCCCGCACCCCUAUUAAUUCCCUGCCUCGAUAGUCGAUGGCCGAUUGCCUCGUGGAAGUUGCAGUUUCGCUGCCGCUCCGGUGUUGAAUACCCACGCCGCUAGGGUUCAAUCGUCGUCCGGAGGCUUCCCCGUCAAUCCCGGCGUGGCUGCGGGCGGCGGCUCAAAGGUGGUUUGUGAAUAGGGGGGGUAGAUAGAUUGUUAGGGUUCUAGGAGUUGUUUUCGUCUCCCGUAUUAGAUGGAGGAAUCGGAGGAAGGUGUUAAUCUUGGGAAGCAAAUGGAGGAAAAGGCGGCGAGGGAAUCGGGGGAUGAGGGUACGAUAGAGAGGAGCCACUCUAUCAAUCUGAAUACGGUGCCACCCGUUCCUGUGGAGGCGAGGAGGACUCUGGAGAAUGGUGAGAUACAUGGCACAGGGGUGUCAGGAACCAAGGAUUCAAGAACUGGGGAGCCAGAGCAACCCAGUGAUACUGAUCAGAAGAAGCUGCCCAAGUGUGAGCAAGUGGACUAUGAAAGUGAAGUUGAAGGUCGUGAGAAACCUGCCGAUGAGGCUGCCUUGGUUACUGUGGUGGGAAAUGAAGGGCAUGCUGGUUACGGUGAUGAUGAUGAGAGAUCUCAGGUCCUCUGUAUUGUCAAGAAGGAUGAACCUGCAGAUGAAAUUGGCGACUCUAUUAAUCCUGUCCCUAUGACAGAGGCAGGGUGUACAGAAGAGAAGGGCGCAAUAGUUCCUUCUGCUGGCAUUUCUGCAGUGCGACCUGCUGGUUCUCGAUCAUCAAGUUUCCAUGGUGUGACCAGGCAUAGAUGGAGUGGGAAAUAUGAAGCUCAUUUGUGGGACAGUUCUUGCAGAGUAGAAGGACGUAGAAGAAAAGGGAAACAAGUUUAUCUAGGAAGUUAUGAUGCUGAGGAGAAAGCUGCUAGGGCUUAUGAUGUUGCAGCUCUUAAAUACUGGGGUCAAAAUACAAGACUAAACUUUCCGAUUUCACUGUACGAAAAGGAGCUGGAGGACAUAAGGGACUUAUCUCGAGAGGAAUGCGUGACAUAUUUGAGAAGGAGGAGCAGCUGCUUUUCAAGAGGGGCUUCUAUUUAUAGAGGAGUGACAAGAAGGCAGAAAGACGGGAGAUGGCAAGCACGCAUAGGACUGGUUGCUGGAACUAGAGACAUAUACCUCGGAACAUUCAAAACUGAGGAAGAAGCUGCGGAGGCUUAUGAUAUUGCUGCCAUCGAGAUACGUGGCAAAAAUGCUGUGACCAACUUUGACCGAAGCAACUAUGUUGACAAAGGUAUGCAUUGUAUAGAAGGGGAAGGCUUGAGGCUGCUCAUGUCGAAGCCAGAAUAAUAACUUGGAACAUCGAUGCGGCGGUGUCGUCUAUUGAGCGGAUUUGCCCAGACAGAUUUGGAACUUAGUGGUACAUACAGAUAGAAGAACUGGUUGCAUUUUUUCAAUAUUUUCUGCUUUCAAGUCUUAAGCUUACAGUUAUUCGAUCACCUAGCAAAAAUGAUGUAAUGAGGAUUUUGAGCAUGUAUCAUAGGGUUUGUAGGAUAGAUCCUUCUGGAAAUGUUACCGUAUCAAUGGUCAUGUUCUGUCUUGAUAGCUUCGUUUUGUCAGAUUGCUCAUUCUGGAAAUGUUACAUAGUCAAUGUUUUUUUUUAAAGACAUAGUCAAUGUCCCUGUUCUGCUCCGGUUGCUUCGUCCUGUCAGACUGAACGUUGUUCCUCGAAUGUUUCAGAAGAAUGGUACUCGAUUAUGAUUCGAUGGAA